AGUUAUUAGUGACUUGUCUGUUGACAUACCGGACCGGCACGACUCAUUUAUAUUAGCGGGGCUGUACGAUGCUGUACGAUUCCCCUGGUGCUCGAAUCUCGAAUCUUGACUUACCACACAGCCACAGAGUUGGAGUGCAAGAUGGCUGCGUCGGCUGCAGGAAAAUUUGUGAGUGCUCUAUCCACUUUUCGGAGCACAACGGGUCGAGGACUCAAUUUGGGAUAUUCACAAACUUGCACAUAUCAGCAAGUCCGAAAUUAUGCUGCUCGUAAAGGUACUAGAGAAAAAGCAAAGAAAAAGAAAGUCAAGGUUGUUGUGGAGAAAAAAGUUUUUAUACCGCACAAGGAUCGUGCAGCAAAACUGGAGCCGUUGCCUAUUAAUAAAGUAAGAUUCGAUGACAUAAUAAAAGAUCCUGUACCCGAAGACGAUGUUUGGAUAGGAAAGUAUCACAGGAUGAAAACUUAUUCUCUCGCUGAAGCCAUUGAGUGUCACAAAGAGACCCACAGUCUAGAAAUGUUUGGAGUUCCGAACGCCUAUGUCAAAGCUAUGAUUGAGCUCGACAUGACUGGCAUAAAAGCAAGUAGGCCUGUUACAAAAUUUGCAAGACUCGCAGCUGUGCCUCAUUCUUUUGAUCAUGGUGAGAAUAGGAUUAUUGCAGUUUUUUGCAAAGAUCCAGAACAUCGUGAAGAGGCGAAAAAAGCUGGUGCUGCUAUCAUCGGAGGUUCAGAACUUGUAUCGCAAAUUCAGAGCGGAGAAAUCGCAUUUUCUGAUUACGACUAUGCUAUUGCACAUCCAAAUAUGAUGGCUGAUUUAGUUGUGAUCAAAGGACUGAUGAAGAAAAAAUUUCCGGCGGCAGCUACAGGAUCACUGGGUGUAAACAUUGCGGAAAUGGUACAUAAAUUCCAGCACGGCAUUAAAUACAACGGAAAUCCUCAUGAACGACAAAUUUUGUAUGGACUAUCGGAAGCCAAUUUUGGAAGGCUUGAUAUGGAAACGGAAAAAUUGGAAGAAAAUUUCGCUGCUUUACUGACCGACUUGAAUUCUAUUCGGCCCAAACGUCCAGGUCCCUUCAUAUGGAGAGUGCGAAUUUCAACGGAAAUGAAAAGAGAGUUUUUGAAAAUCGAUCACUCCGUGUAUUUGCCAUGUGAAGAGGGCGAAAAGGUCGACGAUGAGGAGGAUGAUGACGACGACCAGCCUAUUGCUCUCACCGUUUAAUUGAUCAUUGUAUUUGUUAAUGAAAUGAAGUAAAAUUAUUUGUUACUGAAUCGGUAAA